UAAAUCGACGGAAAUUAUUAUCUUAAGCAAUAUCGGAUUGUAUUAUAUUGUGUUGCAUAGUGUAAAGAGUCUUUGACUCUAAGAUUUCUGGUUUCUGAAUUCUCACGUGAAAUUCCAUUUGAAGGCCGGCACUUUUUUCUUCCUUUGUUCUCUUCCUACUGUAAGCUUCUCAUUUUAUCGUUUCAAUUCCGAUUCUUCCUCAUUCUAUUUUACUCUUCGAAUAUCAUGGAUGCACAGCAGAGAAGAGGAGGAGGACUCGUGUCGAUAUCUCCAUCCACGCCUCGCUCCAGCGACAAGGCAGUGCGAGAUCUGCGAUCUGCGGAUUCCAAUUCAACUAGUUUCAAUAAGAAUGACAAGGACAAAGGCGUCAAUGUGCAGGUUCUCCUCCGAUGCAGGCCGUUGAACGAAGAUGAAAUGAGGGUGAAUACGCCUGUUGUGAUUUCCUGCAAUGAAGGUAGAAGGGAGGUUUCCGCUGUGCAGAAUAUAGCCAACAAACAGAUCGAUAAAACCUUCGCAUUUGACAAGGUGUUUGGCCCUGCCUCUCAGCAGAAGGAACUGUAUGACCAGGCUGUGUCUCCGAUUGUGUAUGAAGUACUUGAGGGUUAUAACUGCACAAUUUUUGCAUAUGGUCAAACGGGAACGGGGAAGACAUACACAAUGGAAGGAGGAGCUAGAAAGAAGAAUGGCGAAUUUCCGAGUGAUGCUGGUGUCAUCCCCAGAGCUGUGAAACAGAUUUUCGAUAUAUUGGAGGCUCAGAAUGCAGAGUACAACAUGAAAGUAACGUUCUUAGAGCUUUACAAUGAGGAAAUAACGGAUCUUUUGGCCCCUGAGGAGACUGUAAAAUUUGUAGAUGAUAAGUCUAAAAAACCUAUCGCUCUAAUGGAGGAUGGGAAAGGGGGUGUCUUCGUUAGAGGAUUAGAGGAAGAGAUUGUUUGCACUGCAAAUGAAAUUUACAAGAUAUUGGAAAAAGGUUCAGCAAAAAGGCGUACUGCUGAGACUCUUCUUAACAAACAAAGUAGCCGUUCUCAUUCCAUUUUUUCAAUCACAAUUCAUAUUAAGGAGUGUACUCCGGAGGGUGAAGAAAUGAUUAAAUGUGGAAAGCUAAAUCUUGUGGACCUUGCAGGCUCUGAGAAUAUCUCUCGUUCUGGUGCAAGAGAGGGUAGAGCAAGGGAGGCUGGGGAGAUAAAUAAAAGUCUACUUACACUAGGUCGAGUGAUUAACGCCCUUGUUGAGCACUCAGGUCACGUUCCGUAUAGGGAUAGCAAAUUAACCAGAUUGUUGAGGGAUUCCUUGGGUGGUAAAACCAAGACAUGCAUUAUUGCCACAAUAUCGCCUUCCAUUCACUGUCUUGAAGAAACCCUUAGUACCUUGGAUUAUGCACAUCGUGCCAAGAAUAUAAAGAACAAACCAGAGGUUAAUCAGAAAAUGAUGAAAUCUGCAAUGAUCAAGGAUUUGUAUUCCGAGAUUGACAGACUGAAGCAAGAGGUAUAUGCUGCUAGAGAGAAGAAUGGAAUCUAUAUACCACGUGAUCGAUAUCUUCACGAAGAAGCAGAGAAGAAGGCCAUGGCUGAAAAGAUAGAGCGCAUGGAACAAGAGGCAGAGUCCAAAGAUAAGCAACUAGUGGAGCUUCAAGAACUCUACCAUUCUCAGCAACAUUUGACUGCUGAAUUAAGUGACAAACUUGAAAGAACUGAGAAAAGUCUAGAAGAAACUCAGCAGUCCUUGUUUGAUCUAGAGGAAAGGCAUAAACAAGCAAAUGCAAAAAUUAAGGAAAAGGAAUAUCUGAUAUCAAAUCUCUUAAAAUCAGAGAAGGCACUUGUGGAACGUGCAAUUGACCUACGAGCUGAGCUUGAGAAUGCUGCAUCAGAUGUGACAAACCUAUUUUCCAAAAUUGAGCGGAAGGAUAAAAUUGAAGAAGGAAAUAGAAUACUUAUCCAAAAAUUCCAGUCUCAGUUAGCUCAACAGCUUGAGGUGUUGCACAAGACAGUGUCAGAAUCUGUAAUGCAUCAAGAGAAGCAACUAAAGGAUAUGGAGGAAGAUAUGCAGUCUUUUGUAUCAACAAAGGCAACGGCUACCGAAGACCUUAGAAUAAGGGUAGCAAAGGUGAAAAACAUGUAUGGCACUGGCAUUAAAGCUUUGGAUGAUUUGGCUGAGGAGCUUAAAGGAAAUAACCAGUUAACUUAUGAAGACUUGAAAUCUGAAGUAGCAAAGCAUUCUUCUGCCUUGGAGGAUCUUUUUAAAGGAAUUGCCUUAGAAGCUGAUUCGCUACUAAACGAUCUUCAAAGUAGUCUCCACAAGCAAGAAGCCAAUUUAACUGCGUAUGCUAAUCAACAACGGGAGGCACAUGCUAGAGCAGUUGAGACUAACCGUGCAGUGUCUAAAAUAACGGUGAACUUCUUUGAAACUUUAGACAAGCAUGCAUCCAGUCUGACCCAAAUAGUGGAGGAAGCACAAGUUGAUAAUGAUAAAAAAUUAUGUGAGCUUGAAAAGAAGUUUGAGGAGUGUGCUGCUUUUGAGGAAAAACAACUAUUGGAGAAAGUGGCAGAAAUGCUUGCAACCUCAAAUGCUAGAAAGAAAAAACUGGUUCAAAUGGCGGUUAAUGAUCUUCGCGAUAGUGCAAACAGUAAAACCAGUCAGCUGCGGCAAGAAACAUUAACCAUGCAGGAUUCCACUUCAUCUGUCAAGGCAGAAUGGAGAGUUCACAUGGAAAAAUCAGAAUCAAACUACCAAGAGAAUACUUCUGCUGUAGAAUCUGGAAAGAAACACCUAGUUGAGGUUCUUCAAACCUGCCUCAACAAGGCCAAAGUAGGUUCGCAACAAUGGAGAAAAGCUCAAGAGUCCUUGGUUAGUUUGGAGAAGAGAAAUGGUGAUUCAGUGGAUACUAUAAUUAGGCGAGGAAUGGAAGCUAAUCAAGGCCUACGAACCCAAUUCUCAAGUGCUGUAUCAACAACACUCGAAGAUGCAGGCACAGCUAACAAGGAUAUUAACUUAUCGAUCGAUGAUUCGUUGCAACUUGAUCAUGAAGCUUGUGAGAACCUGAACUCCAUGAUCGUCCCAUGCUAUGGAGAUCUAAGAGAACUGAAGGGCGGUCAUUACCACAGAAUUGUAGAGAUAACCGAAAAUUCAGGCAAAUGUCUGCUCAAUGAAUACACGGUGGACGAACCAUCUUGUUCAACACCAAGAAAGAGACCUUUCAAUUUGCCAAGCGUUUCAUCCAUAGAAGAACUAAGAACCCCAUCGUUUGACGAACUAUUGAAGUCAUUUUGGGAUGCAAGAUCUCCAAAACAAGCAAAUGGAGAUGUUAAACAAAUUGGGGCAUACGAAGCCGCGCAAUCAGUUAGAGACUCCAGGCUCCCUCUUACUGCUAUUAACUAGGAGAGUCCAAGUUCUGUAAAUAGCAUAUUUGUUGAGAUGUAAUUCCACAAAUAAUAUAUAUUCAUUUAUUAUUAUUUUUUUCUCUGGGGAGUAUAGAGGAUAAAAAAGAAAAAGGGUGGUUAGUCUUGUGGAGGAGGCAGGAAUAUGUAAGGUAUGUAAUAUGUUUCUGGCGUGUUUGUACUAAACUAGAUCUUGCAUUCCAAAAGUAAUAUUAAUUAUUUAUUUUUCGGCGUA